GGUGUGGCGAGGGGCGCCGUUCGGGGUCCGCGGCGCAGCGACCCUCGGCCGGGAUGGCGGCAGCGGCGGCGGCGCGUGGCGUUUGGGGCGGGCGGCGGCGCGUGGCGUUCAGGCUGCCGCGGAGAGCCGGUGUUCCCUGGAUCGCUUCGGCCGCCGCCUCCUCCUCCUCUGUGCCAACAACCAAACUGUUCAUCGAUGGGAAGUUUGUCGAGUCCAAAACCACAGAAUGGAUUGAUAUCCACAACCCAGCCACAAAUGAAGUUGUUGCUCGUGUACCAAAAGCUACCACUAGUGAAAUGGAGGCAGCUGUAGCUUCUUGCAAAAAGGCUUUUUGGAACUGGUCGGAAACAUCUGUUUUGAGUCGCCAGCAAAUCUUCCUGCGUUACCAACAGCUCAUCAAAGACAAUCUGAAAGAAAUUUCAAAACUCAUCACCUUUGAGCAAGGGAAGACCCUGGCUGACGCUGAGGGAGAUGUGUUCCGAGGCCUCCAGGUGGUUGAACAUGCAUGCAGCGUGACAUCUCUCAUACUGGGAGAGACCAUGCCCUCCAUCACUAAAGACAUGGACACUUGCACCUACCGUCUGCCUUUGGGUGUGUGUGCUGGCAUUGCACCAUUCAAUUUCCCAGCGAUGAUUCCUCUUUGGAUGUUUCCCAUGGCUAUGGUUUGUGGAAACACAUUCUUGAUGAAACCUUCUGAGCGCGUGCCAGGAGCACUCAUGUUCCUUGCCAAGCUGUUUCAGGAUGCUGGUGCCCCAGACGGGACCCUGAAUAUCAUCCAUGGACAGCAUGAAGCUGUGAACUUCAUUUGUGACCAUCCGGAUAUCAGAGCAAUCAGCUUUGUGGGAUCUAAUCAGGCUGGCGAAUACAUCUAUGAAAGAGGAUCCCGGAAUGGCAAGAGAGUCCAGGCUAACAUGGGAGCAAAGAACCAUGGUGUGGUGAUGCCAGAUGCCAAUAAAGAGAACACCUUGAACCAGCUGGUUGGAGCUGCCUUUGGAGCAGCUGGCCAACGCUGCAUGGCCUUGUCUACAGCAAUUCUAGUGGGAGAAGCACAGAAAUGGUUGCCAGAAUUGGUGGAGAGAGCAAAAAAUCUACGCGUAAAUGCAGGAGACCAGCCUGGAGCUGACCUAGGGCCUCUAAUCAGUCCCCAAGCCAAGGAAAGGGUUUGCCACCUGAUUCAGAAAGGAGUAGAAGAAGGUGCCAGUCUUCUUCUGGAUGGACGUAAUAUCAAAGUGAAGGGCUAUGAGAACGGCAAUUUUGUUGGACCAACGAUCCUUGCCAAUGUGAAGCCAAACAUGACUUGUUACAAGGAGGAAAUCUUUGGGCCUGUCUUAGUGGUUCUGGAAGCAGAUACUCUGGAUGAUGCAAUUGAGGUGGUGAACAAUAACCCCUAUGGAAAUGGAACCGCAAUCUUCACCACCAAUGGAGCCACAGCUCGGAAAUAUUCUCACUUAGUAGAUGUGGGGCAGGUGGGUGUCAAUGUUCCAAUUCCAGUACCUCUGCCCAUGUUCUCUUUCACCGGUUCUCGUGCUUCUUUCAGAGGAGAUGCAAAUUUCUAUGGCAAACAGGGAGUGCAGUUCUACACACAGCUGAAAACUAUCAUUUCUCAGUGGAAAGAGGAAGAUGCCACUGUUACCAAGCCUGCUGUGGUUAUGCCAACUAUGGGGAACUAAAUCGGCCCUUAAAGAUGCUGUCUCUGGUGCCCCUCUUUUUCCAUGUUGCACUUUCCAGCUUUGUCCUGACUAUCACAGUUUCCUUGGGAAUGAAUAGAAAACUCCACUUCCUAAGGGCCUCUUUUUCUAUGUAGAGCAGGUGAGCUUAUAAUGCACAGUCUGGGUUUUCUGUUGCUGUGAUCGUUUUUGUAUAACUAUCAGGAAGAAACUAUCCUAUCUAAUUGAAAGGGAAAACAGAUGGGCUUUACUCCGUGUUUCUUUCUAGACUUUCUGAACUCAAACAUUAUUCUGCUUUCCACUUCAGUACCUCUAGCCUUAGUGAUUCACUGCUGGCUACAUCUUGUAGCAGUUUUACCACUUUCUUACACAUUGAGAUUCUGAACUCACCAUACUCAGAUGAGUAUUCACUUUGAGUGACACAACUGGGACGCUUCAGACGUCUCACAGAAGUGACUUCUACAUACAAUGAGGACAGCAAGUUAUGGAGUUGAAAAUGUCAGUCUUUCAUCAGUUGAGGAAUUUCCAAAAUACCUAGGAAAUACCUUUCUAAGGAUUUUUCAGGGAAGCAUCUUUGGCUGCUUGUCUGAGGAUGAAUUAAACACCUGUAUGGCAUAGUGACCUUUGCUGUGCCUCUUACAGCUGGAAACUGUUCCUAUUAUGCAUGUGGCUUGCAUUCUCCAACUUACUGUCAGUUCCAUUAUACCUAGAAGUUGGUUGGUGCCUUUCUACUGUGCUAACAAAAAGUGUGCCUACAGGUCCUUUAAGGUAAUGUAACUGUAGAAGCAUAAAUGUGCAUAAAUGUGUAGAAGCAUGAUGUCUUGCAUCAUGGGAUCACGUCAGUCUGGUUGGUAGGAAGAAUAAGUAGACAGGUCAGUAGGAAGAAAUGUGAUUUGAUCACAAAGCAGCCAGGCCUGUUCUGUGUGUUUUCCUGAAUAUAGAUGUAUUUCUUUUGAUGUUUGAUCGACUCUGUCACAUUUGCUCAAACACAGUCAUGUUCUCGGGGGACUGCAGGUCCCAUUGUUAGAGAUGGGUAAGUCUUGCUAUACCCUGUUCUUAUGUGUGCAUUUGGAGCUGGAGAGCCUGUAUUUUUAUUCUUGCUUCCUGGAAGAUGAUGCAGCCAUGAGGUGGGGGGGGGGGGGGGGGGGGGAAAUCUGCAGGGACUUCAUUCAAGUACCCAUGGAAAAUAAUACUAAUGAUUGUAAUCAUCACUUGUUCUGAUUAAAAGAAAUCUGAGCGUGAAGACUCUGUAUCCUGCCUUCUGAUAAAGAUCUAAUGUAACUCAGUUAUGUAUUUGAGUAACUGCUGUUGAUCCACUAAUGUUUGUAUCUUGGUUUUUUCCUUCUGCUAUACUCUAGAGGGAAAAUUCUCACCUUGCAAUUUGAUUAUGAAUUAAAAAUUUGCUAAUCACUGCAGAAAGUGAUGGUUCCUUGAUAAGAUAUUCUACAGGUGUUCUAUUGACUAUGUUACCCUCUUUGCAGAGGCUGGUCUAUUACUUCUGUAACCUCUCCAUGAAUCCUUUUUUAACAGGAUUUCAAGAGCUUCUGUAGUAAUGUCCUCAUAUAGAACCAAGGUACUCCUUGGAAUGCUAUUUCCACAAACCCGUUACAUGAUCACAAAAGCUCUUAAACUCCAUACACUUAACUUUACUGCAAACUGAAAAUGCAUCCUAAUCAAGUUACCAUCCUAGAGCUGUAUACAGGGUCAUCCUAGCUCCUGGCUUUGGAAAGAAUCAAGUCUUCAUUGUAAGGAGGAGGAAAAUAGUUAUAUUUCAGAUGAAUUUCAAACAUGCAGCCAAAGCAGCAGCAUAGCAGACAGGAGAUGUAGAAUUGCAGCUUUGCUCACAAGCUAACUCCCAAAAUGAAAAUUGCAGAUGAGUCCAUAAGUGCUGUGGAAGUUGUUCUUAUUGAUGCUACAAGUACAGCUGCCUUACUCUAUCUGUAGUAUUAACAUCUGAAUACACAGAAGGAUUACUGCAGAAGAUGACUCAUAAUUCAGCCUGCUGUGUAAUGAAUAUCUGGUUGGAAGAAAUAUCUUCUGUGCUGAAAAGGUAAAAUAUUCUAGGUAAAUCACUAAUAACACAUUGGCAUUCAUUCAUACAUCUGGGAAAGGAAUGUAAAAUAAUGGUCUGUACUACCGUCUACAGUCAUUCACUUUCAAAUCACCGAAUUUCUUCCUAAUCAGUAUUGCUAUUCUGACUUUUCUGUUCAAAGCACAUAAUCUCUUUAGAAAUUCUGAGAUUCAGCUUCGAUAGCAAAACUAGUCUUUAUUAUCAAGCUUGCCUGCUGGAUGGAGAUCUGCAGGAGUCUCACUGCACUUUCUCUGCAUUUGUGGAGCCCUUAACACUUGUGUGCAAAUACAUUUUCUGAUCAUCUGCAUUUCCAAUGGCAUUUUGAAAUCAGGUUAUUUUAAGCAUACUAGGAAUGAGAGCUUUUUAUCUGCCUUUUUAAUUAGUUAAAUGUCUUUUCAGAUCAAGCUGCAUAUGCUCACUGAUUGUGAUGUACAUGCCUCAUCUCACUGUUAUUAUGGCUUUUCACUUGCCUGUUUAUUAUCCUUUUUAUUUCAACAUACUCCGUACAAACUAAAGAAUACAUCUUCAGUAUUAUACAAAAAUGUAAUCUCAGUAUGAAGGAUUUCAAGUUUCUGUAGUUUCUAUUAAAACACAAUUUUAUAGUCAA